AUGGACGAUAUACCAUAUCAGCACCUGUUUAUCCCUUACGGCGCGACACUGACCAACCUCUUCGUCAAGGACAAGGAUGGCAAAGACGUGGAUGUUGUACUCGGCUACGACGACGUCACUUAUUACCCAAAGGAUCCUGGACACCCAGUGUAUAAUGCCAUUCCUGGUCGAUAUGUGAACCGAAUUGGCAACGCCACAUACAAACUUGAUGGCAAAACAUACAAGACAGAGACGAAUGACGGCAACAAUACGCUACACAGUGGUACUAACAACUGGUCAUAUCGAUUUUGGAACGUUACAGCCCUCUCCAAUGACUCCAUCACUUUCUCCAUUUCGGAUCCAGCAGACUCAGAGAAGGGCAUGCCUGGGCUGGUGAACGCCAGCGUCACAUAUAGCGUAUCUGGAAGCACCUGGUCAAUCAAGAUGGAAGCAAUUGCUCCAGAAGCCAAGACCCCGCUCAUGUUGACCCAGCACACCUAUUUUAACCUGGAGGCUUACAGAAAUCCAGAAACUGACAAAGUUUGGAACCAUACUCUAUACAUGCCUUUCUCUAAGAGAUAUCUGGCUAUUGAUGACGGUGCAGUACCCACCGGGGAGAUUCUGACGGCCGCGCCGGACAGCGUGAACGACUUUGCAAGCAAGCCAAGUAUGCCCCUUGGGCACGCUAGAGACGACCCUAAAUUCGCAGGAAACUGCGGCGCAGGAGGAGCUUGCGAAGGCUACAACGGCUAUUGGUUGAUUGAAGAUGCUCCCAAGGACGCCGUGGUCGUCACACUUGCCAGCCCCUGGAACGGUAUCAAGGUCGACCUCCGGACCGAUCAAGCUGGGGUGCAGGUGUAUUCCUGCAACUGGAUGGACGGCACAGCAGCACUUAAAAGCACGCAGGGGAAUAGCGAGCGAAAAACAGCGGGAAAGAGCUCGGCAGUGGCCAUCGAGGCUCAAGAUUGGGUAGAUGGUAUCAACCAGUAA